UAUCGAGGCAAAGCGGCGGGGAGCGGCGCGGAGGGAUGCGGCCAUGCAGCCGCCGGCGGCCUCCCCUGGCCCCGCCGCCCCGGAGAGCGUUGAGCUGCUGCGGUGGCAGUGGCAGGAGGUGCAGGCGCCCUGCCUGGUGGCCGCCUGGAUCCUGGUGGCCAGCCUAGCCAAGAUCGUUUUCCACCUGUCAAGGAAGGUGACAUCCAUCGUGCCGGAGAGCUGCCUCCUCAUCCUGCUGGGGCUGGGCCUGGGGGGCAUUGUGUUGGCUGUGGCGAAGAAACCUGAGUACCAGCUGGAGCCCAGCAUGUUCUUCCUCUUCCUUCUGCCCCCCAUCGUGCUUGACUCAGGCUACUUCAUGCCCAGCAGGCUGUUCUUUGACAACAUCGGUGCCAUCCUCACCUACGCGGUGGUGGGCACCCUCUGGAAUUCCUUCACCACUGGCACUGCACUCUGGGGGCUGCACCGGGCCGGUGUCAUGGAUCCAGGCGUUGAAGCUGGGUUGAUGGAUUUCCUGCUCUUCGGCAGCCUCAUCUCAGCUGUGGACCCUGUGGCAGUGCUGGCUGUCUUUGAAGAGGUCCAUGUAAAUGAGACCCUCUUCAUCAUCGUGUUUGGCGAGUCUCUCCUGAAUGAUGCUGUCACUGUGGUGCUGUACAAGGUCUUCAACUCUUUUGUGGAGCUGGGCCCAGAGCAUAUCCGUGCCACAGACUACGUGAAGGGGUUAGCUUCCUUCUUCCUGGUGAGCCUGGGGGGCACGGCUGUGGGGCUGCUCUUUGCCUUCCUCCUGGCCCUGAUCACACGGUUCACCAAGCACGUGCGCAUCAUCGAGCCACUCUUCGUUUUCCUCCUGGCCUAUGUUGCAUACCUUGUUGCUGAGAUGGUCUCACUCUCCUCCAUCCUGGCAGUCACCUUCUGUGGGAUCUGCUGCAAGAAGUAUGUAGAAGCCAAUAUCUCCCAGAAGUCCCGCACCACAGUCAAGUACACCAUGAAGACACUGGCCAGUAGCUCAGAGACCAUCAUCUUCAUGUUUCUGGGCAUCUCGGCAGUGGACACCUCCAAGUGGGCAUGGGACACAGCACUGGUGCUGGGCACCCUGUUCUUUAUCCUGCUCUUCAGAGCUGUGGGUGUUGUCCUGCAGACCUAUGUGCUCAACCGCUUCCGCCUCAUUCCUCUGGACAGGAUAGAUCAAGUGGUCAUGUCAUAUGGUGGCCUCCGCGGGGCUGUGGCCUUUGCCCUGGUCAUCCUGCUGGACAGGACAAAGGUGAAAGCCAAGGACUAUUUUGUGGCAACGACCAUUGUGGUGGUGUUCUUCACUGUCAUUGUGCAGGGCCUCACCAUCAAACCCCUGGUGACGUGGCUGAAGGUGAAGCGCAGUGACCACCACAAGCCCACGCUGAAUGAGGAGCUGCAUGAGCACGUCUUUGACCACAUCAUGGCAGCAGUGGAGGAUAUUGUGGGACACCAUGGCUACCAUUAUUGGCGGGACAAGUGGGAACAGUUUGACAAGAAGUACCUGAGCCAGCUUCUGAUGCGGAAAUCUGCCUACAGGCUGCGAGAUGAGAUUUGGGAUGUUUACUACAAGCUGAACAUCCGUGAUGCUAUCAGCUUCGUUGACCAGGGUGGACAUGCGUUCUCUGCUGCCAAGCUGGCGCUGCCGUCAAUGCCCAGCCGCACGUCCAUUUCGGAGUCAUCAGUCACAAACUUCCUGAGAGAGAGUGGGAGUGGCGCGUGCCUGGAUAUGCAGGUGAUUGACACUGUGCGGAGCCGGCGGGACAAGGAGGAUGCUGCCAUGCACCACGUGCUGCGAGGGAGCCUGUACAAGCCACGCCGGCGGUACAAGGCCAGCUACAGCCGUCACUUCAUCUCUCCAGAUAAACAAGAGCGCCAAGACAAAGAAAUCUUCCGUCAGAACAUGAAGAGGCGGCUGGAGACCUUCAAGUCCACAAAGCACAACAUCUGCUUCUCUAAGAAUAAGGCCAGGCUGAAGGAAAAGGGCAGGAAAAAGAAGAACACCUCUGUGACCAGAGAGGCUCUCAAUGACAAGAUGCACAGAAAUGUCCCGUGGCAGGAUGCUGCUCCUGUCCUGGUGAUGAUCAGCUCUGAGGAGGAGGAGAGUGAUGGCUCAGAGACGGAGAGAGAAGAUGAUGAAGGGAUUGUGUUCAUUGCUCGAGCCACCAAUGAGGUCCUGCAGGGAAAGACAGCUUCUGACAGCCUGUAUGUCUGCCCCAGCCCCUGCAUCAUCCCUCCCUCGCCCACCUUGGCAGAGAAGGAGCUGCCAUGGAAAGGAGACCAGGCUGGUCUGGCUGUUUACAUCUCCUCGGAGACCACCAAAAUCGUGCCAGUGGAUAUGCAGAAGGCGUGGAACCAAAGCAUCUCCUCCCUGGAGAGCAUUGCUUCCCCGCCAGGCAUCGAGAGUGGACCUCAGCACAGGAGGUUCGCCUGCCCUGUUCUGGAGGAGCAACCCCAGUCUGCGAGUCAAGUCGUGCCGGAGCAGCGCUCCUGCUUCCAGUUCCCCAGCCAUGUCUCUAAGAAUGGGCGGCCACAGAGUGACAGCAACCCCAGUGGCGCAGAGCAGCAGGAAAUGCAUCUUUUUAUGGCCACAGAGAAGCAGGGCAGGGUGCUGCCAACCGCAGAGCCCAGGGGGCUGAUGUUCAACUGAGCGAGCCACCUCUGA